AUGGGGUCCGUCGGCACAACACAGCCAACGCUGCUCCUCGUCACAGGCUCUUUCGCCCUCCCGAGGUUCUAUGACCCAACCUUGGAGCUGCUUCCCAAACAUGUCGACCUCGUGCUCCCACAUCUCCCAACCGUCGGCGAGGACACCGACAAAGGCCGCCCUGGCCCACCUCCCACCAUGUACGACGAUGCCAAUUUCAUCAUUGAGCAAUUACAACGCUUAGUCGUCGAGCAAGGCAAGGACGUAGUCCUGAUCGCGCAUUCGUACGGAGGCGUGCCUGCCACUGAAGCCCUGGGCCUCGCAAAGGAGAAGGGCCUCAUCAAGUCUGAUCGAGAAUCAAAGGGCGAGAAAGGUGGCGUCAUCAGAGUCGCUUACAUGACGGUGUUGGUGCCUGAGCUUGGCAACGCUGCUGCGACGGCGUUGGAUGGCGCGCCGGAGGAGGAUAAGAUGCAUUUUGGCGUUGAUGAAAACGGCUGGAUGUACCAUCUCGACUACCCCAGAAUGAUGCGGAUCUGUGGCAGCAACAUGACCGAAGAAGAGCGCAAGCCCUGGGAAACCAAGUUCCCCCGCCAUUCGGCUGUCAGUUUCAGCAACGAAUUGCAUUACGAGGGUUGGAAGCAUGUACCCAUCUCGUAUCUGGUCUGCGAGGACGACAAGUGCAUUCCUGCGAAGACUCAGAGGGCGGAAAUUGAAAUGUUCGAGAAGGCGGGAUGCAAAGUCGAUGUGACGAGUAUAAAGGAAGACCAUGUGUUGAAUGUUAGUGCUCCGCAGGCGCUGGCGGACUGGUGGACGAGCUUGGUAGAGAAGGCUUGA